AGAAAGAGAGAGGGGGCGAGAGGAAGUGCGAUGUUCACUCCACUUCCGCCUCAACUCAUUUCAUCCUCAGCAUCAUCUCUAUCACAGUCACUGAAUUGAAAUCAUAUGCAGUCAAUUCAAGAACGCAGUCUGGAGAACACAGUCGUUCCUCCAGGCCUCAGGAGAAGGACCUCUGGGGACACUCUGAAGAUGUUUGCUCACCACAUGUCAGAGAACAUCAUCCAUACUCUUAAAAACGAGAUGGUAGCAGUGGGACCCACAGUGACAGGCUCCGAUCUAGGCAAAGAGAUGUUUGCUGAGAAGAUGACUUCCACAGUGAUGGCAGUGGCUCUGAAGGAGGCCUUUGGUGUUGUCCAGAAACUUGGAGAAGGAAAAACAUUUCUGAACUCCAACAUAGAUGUGGUUCCAGAUGUUCCCCAGCUGCACCAGCUGCCCCUGACCCACUCAGGACUGCCCCUGAUGGGUUCGCUGGACUACCCUGAUGCACCACCUACUACUCCCCUUCUACCUGAGCUAGAGAGGAGCAGAAGCAGCUUUUCUCGGAAGCUAAAAGGAGGCCUGGCCCAGGUCUUUCUGCCGUCACCUCCUCCACCAACACCAAAGGAGGAGGAGGAGGAGCAACAUGACGGCUCCGUAGAGAUGAUUGAACUUCUGAUGCAGUCACUGUCCACUGAGGCUGUGGUCACAGAACCAAGCAUGGAGGUGGAGAUUUUUGCAGAUGCUCUGUCCUGUGACAUCAUGGAUUGGCUUUCAUUUAAGUCCAGAAGAAGAGAGGAGGUACCAGAAAAUCAAGAUCUGUAUCAGUUUGCUCAAAGACUGGCUGACACAAUCAUGUUCUCCUCCAUUCAUGAAACUCAAAUGUUGUCUUAAACCUUAAAUGACUGAGUUUUACAAAAUUACAUGAAAAAAAAAGACUUUGGUCUGUGAGCUAAAAUCAUUGAUUUUCUCUGUGGACUUUGGUCUGUGAGCUAAAAUCACUGAUUUUCUCUGUGGACUUUGGUCUGUGAGUUAAAAUCACUG